AUGACAGCUGAUGAGUGGGAGGAUAGAGUUAAACCCUGCAUUGGCUGCACACCUGUUCCCAGUAGUGAACAGCUUGGAGAGGAAUUGUGGGCAGUUGAGAUACCACUGAAAUCUGUCAUGGUGGUUGGCACUGAUUUCAACAAAGAUGCUAUGGCCAAAGGAAGCUCAGUUAUUGGGUUUGUGGCCAGCUCUAAUUUCCAACUGGCUAGGCUGUAUUCUUGUUGCAUGCUGCAAAAUUCAGGAUCAAACACUGCAAAUUGUUUACAGGUCUGCAUGAAAGAUGCUGUAAGUAAAUUGCAAGCAUGUAAUGGGCAGCUGGACCAUAAAACAAAAAUGUACCGUGAUGGCGUUGGAGAUGGACAGCUGAAGAUGGUGGUGAACUUUGAAGUCCCACAGAUACUAAGUGCCCCCGAUGAGUGCAGUAGUGGCUGCAGAAGAGCCAAACUAUCAGUGGUUGUGAUCAGGAAGAAAUGCCGCCAUCGUUUCUUCAUCGAGACCAACAGAAGCCUGCAAAACCCUCCCAUUGGGACAGUUUUUGACACAGAGGCUACUCGUCCUGAAUGGUAUGACUUCUUCUUAAGUAGCCAACUUGCCUGCCAGGGCACUGUCAAUCCCACAUACUACAAUGUGGUUUAUGAUGAUAAUGGAUUCAACCCAGACCACAUGCAGCAUCUUACAUAUAAGAUGUGCCACAUGUACUACAACUGGCCUGGCCUAAUCAGAGUGCCAGCACCGUGCCAUUAUGCCAACAAGCUGACAUUCUUGGUGGGCCAGAGCAUCCACAGAGAGCCAAGCCUGGCACUCGCCGACAAACUUUUCUAUUUGUGAACGGUGUUGAGGUGGCAACUGUC